AUGGAAAAUUGGAUUUCAUUCAUUGAUACAGUCAAAUCAAUCUCUAUUGAUGAAUCAAAAGAGAACUUGCAAGUAGCUAUUGCUCAAUUUGAUUUACCAGAUUCGUUCCGUGAAGUUAUCUCUAGUGCUGCUCUUCUCAUUUUGGAAGCUUAUAAAACAAACAAGACUGCUGGUCUCCAAGAUGGUCUAAAGACAUUGUCAGACAUUGAAAAGAGCUGUCCAAAACAAGAGGGUAGAGUCAAGGUUUGCUUCUAUAUUGGUAAUAUCUUGUUGGGUUUUUCAACAUUAUUCCCAAAGGAUGGAUCUAUAAAGGUUGAAUUACUUCAAGGAGCAUCAGAGUAUUACCAAAAGGUUAUUGCUCUUGAUCCAAAGCAUAUGGAAUCAUUACAAAACCUCAAUCAAUGUUAUAUUAUUUUGUCACAAUGUACUGAUGAUACAAAGAGAAUGUAUUUCUCAACAAGAUCAAAGGAAUUGGGAAAGUUUAUUGAAGAUGUAAAGAGUGGAGCCGAAGUUAAAUUGUCACCAUCGUCGUAUGCCAAGAUUCUCCAAGCCUAUCAAUACAAGGAAAAGGGAGCAGAGUACUUUAAGAAUGGCGAUUUUGUAAAGGCUAUUCAACAAUACCACUUUGCAAAGAACUAUAUCAACGGUUUGAUGGAUCUCACCGACGACAAGACACGCGAGAUUGACGAUCUCAAGAACGUCCUCUUGAACAACAUUGCCGUCUGUUUGAUCAAGCAAAACAAGUUUGAUCGUGCUCUUGUCCAUCUCACAGAGGUUAUUGCUACCGAUCCCGACAAUGUCAAGGCUUUGUUCCGUCGUGGCAAGUCUCACACUGCCAUUGGUAACUUUGACCAAGCUCAAGAGGAUUUGGCUCGUGCUCAAUCAUUGUCUCCAAGUGACAAAGAGAUUCAACAUGAAAUCGAUAUUCUCAACAAAAAGAGUAAAACUCUUCGUGAUCGUCAAGCUGCCGCUUAUUCAAAGGUAUUUGAUGAUUAA